AUGGCCCGCCUCCGCCAGCUUUUCUGGGGACAGAUGGUGGCCAACGCUGGCGCAGGACCCGCUCCGAUCCCUCAUACAGAACUCACGGUCGACAAACUCGCUGUAGCCAUUCGUUACUGUCUAUCUCCACAGGCAGCAACCGCAGCGGCCACCGUAGCCGACAAGAUGUCAUCAGAGGUCGGGGUUCGUGCGGCUGUCCAGUCAUUUCACAAAUGCCUCCCUCUGGAGCGAAUUCGAUGCGAUGUAAUCCCAAGUGAGCCCGCCGCAUGGUCAUAUUCCAAGCUGAAGAACCCAAUCAAGCUAUCUAAGGUGGCUGCAGAGAUUUUAGUAUCCACCAGUUCAAUCGAUAAUAAACACCUGAAACUGUACCAGAGCAACCCCAUCCACACCGAAACAACCAGGUGGGAUUCUGUUUCAGGAGGCGUGUCUGCUGUUAUGGCAACGGCAACCGGAAUGGCUGGCAACAUCACGGGCAUCUUUACAAAGCCAGCCGAGGAAUACCGAGACGACCAGAAGCGGCGCGCUGGAGAGCUAAAGUAUACCCAGGGACGGGGUUCCCCCUACCUACAGGAAAGGUCUAGCGACAAGGAUAACCUCAGCGUAGAGCGCCUCUCGAACGACUCCGUACGACCCAGGAGUGCGCACUCUGGACAUCUCGCCGGUCGCAUGGCUGGAGCUUCAGCUAAAAGCGCUGGUAAAAUUGGCCAAACAGUGACGAAAGGCAUGCUAGUGGAUUUUCCACUUGCCAUAACAGAGGGAUUAAAAUCGGUACCGCAUCUCUAUGGUGGCAACAUACGCAAUCAUGGGCCAGUGAAAGAUGCCAAGAGUGACAUGGUGGUGGCGGGGAAGACAUUUGCGUGGGGCUUCAUCGAUGGUCUCAGCGACGUUGUGGUACAACCAUAUAAAGGUGCGAAGAAGGAGGGGGCAUUAGGUGCUGCUAAAGGGCUAGGAAAGGGGGCGAUGAGUCUGGUGACAAAGAGUGGUGCUGGGAUGUUUGGAUUGUUUGCGUAUCCCAGUCCAGGAAUCAGCAAGAGUCUACGUACAGCCACCCACGGCUCGAUACGCAAGAAGAUUGCCGGAGAGCGGCGUGCAGAAGAUAAGAGAACUCAAUAA